AAUGGAUCAUCCAGUUAAAGUUAAUCCAAGAACUACUGUUGAAUUAGAUUCAUUCACUUUAGUAGGCAUUCAAAGAACAAUUAUACAAAAAGAUGAAAUCGACCCUUAAACUGGAUAAAUUGGAAAGGCAUAUGAAGAAUAUUAUGGAAAAUAGCUCCAUGAUAAGAUACCAAAUCGUUUACAUCCUAUGAGAACACAUUGUUUAUAUUUUGGAUACUCUAACGCUUAGAAUUGGUAAGAGAUGAAGUACAAUAUGGUUUUGGGAGAAAUAGUAAGUGAUGCCACAAAUGUACCUGAAGGAAUGGUAAGUGUACAAGUACCAGCUCAUCGUUUCUGUAGAUUCGAUUGUGGUCCUGGUUCUAUUCCAGGAGUAGUAAUAGAUGCUUGGUAAUCAUUGUGCUAAUUGACUCCAGAAGACUUUGGAGGAGUACGUACUCAUGAUUAUGAAUUGGAAGUAUAUCCAGAAGAUUAGUUUGAUAAAAAUAAUUUGAAAUUUUUAUUAUACAUUGGAAUAUAAUGAU